ACUCGCGCGGCGGCGGCCGAGGAGCCAAGUGGGAGCCUCCUCUCCUGCCUCGUGGGCGGAGGCUGCUGGGCAGCUGUCUGGGGUCGGACAGCCAGACAGAGGCGGGUGUCUCGCCGGCUGCUUCUAGCAGCAACGCAAGCCAGUAGGUGUUUCCUCGGAAGCAAGUCUCGCUGUGUUCCGUGGGACUUACUCUCAGCAACCUCACUCUUCAGCUGCCUCUCAGAAUAUCUGUAAUGUAUGGCACAUGAACAUAGAAAUUCUUCCAGAUUGGAUUGCAUGUGUGAUAGAAAAGGUACAGUGGACAACUGGAAAACUGAACUGCCCAUUCUGUGGGGCCCAUUUGCAGCGGCUUUUAAAAUGCUCCUGAGGCCAGUUUACAAAUAUCCAUCUUUGCAAGAAGUGAACUGACUGUCAGACAACUAGUUCGUUUACAUUAGCAAUAUUGCCUCUAAAACGCUUGUCCUGUAAAGUUCAGUCUGAUCAUAACAAAGAAAUAUGGCAGUAUGUGACAGGUGGUGCUUUGGGAACUAGAAAUCAAGGAUUUUCAUACAUGGCCAAAAAUAACAAUGACAUUGAAAGAUUAAUGGAGGCACUUUGCCUAGAGGUGAGAUCAAGCAACUUUGAGAUGAAUAGUAAAAAAUUACACUCCAAGGUGUCUAAUCCAAAAACAAGUAUUUCAGCUUCACUGGCUGUGAAUGACGGGCACACUGUAAAAGCUUUUCAUAGAAAAUCACAGAGUUUGGAUUUGAACUUCAGAGAGAAGCUUGUCUCGCUGCCUACUUUAUAUGGAACUUCCACCACCAAGAGAUCUGUUUUCUCUAGGCAACAUGAAACACAGUCCUUUUACACAAAGAGUUGCUUACAGUUAUCCAACCCAACACGUAAUUAUUUUCGCUGCCCAUUUAAAUUAGAUGCUGGUGAAUUUCCAAAUAGUGUUUCAGUUACUUCCUACAGUGCAUUAGCACAAGAAGAGACUGAGUUGAAUCAUGGUUUAGGAACUUCCAAGCACUAUCUUGAGAACGUUACCGCUGAUCAGCAACUGUUCCCAUCUUCAUCAGAAAGGAGAUUAAACAGUUUGAGAAGAAAGCAAAAGUGGCUACAGAAGCAGACUAUGAAUGAUGACCUGAAUACAGAAGAGGAGCACGAACCCAGAAGAGAUAAAGAGAGCUUCCUAUGUGCAGUGUGCCUGGAUGUUUAUUUUAAUCCUUACAUGUGCUAUCCCUGCCACCACAUCUUCUGUGAACCCUGCUUACGCACACUUGCCAAAGAUAACCCCAUCAGCACUCCAUGUCCUCUGUGCCGCACUGCAAUUGCCCAAGUCUUUUUCCAAUCAGAACUGAACAAUUCUACAAAAGUUCACUUUCCUAUGGAAUAUUUGAAAUUAAAGGAGAGUUUUCAAGAAUCAAGUUUAGUAAAGUGGCCUCUACCUAGCUGCAAGAAGGCAUUCAGAGUUAUUGAAGGUUUUCAGAGGAGCACAGAUUCCUUUACACGAAGGCAUUUCCCACAUGCUGCUCACAGGAUGGAUUAUAUGGAUUUUGAGGAUGAUAGCCGGGGAUGGAGAUUUGACAUGGACAUGGUGAUAAUCUACAUUUAUUCCAUCAAUUGGGUCAUAGGAUUCAUUGUGCUUUGUUUUCUCUGCUAUUUUUUCUUUCCUUUUUAAGGAUUUGUAUUCUCUGUUUACAUAAUAAUACGGAUUACUAUGAGUCCUGGACUUUUCUGUACAACAUUAACUGACUAUGACAAAAAUAGCUCCAUGUCAGUUUUCUAAUUGUUUGGUUUUUCUGUUGUAAGCAGAGUAUUUUGUCAUGUAAAGCAACACUUGUAUAUAGAAAAGAAUUGUCACUUUGUAUAAUGCCUCCUAAAAUAGCACAUGGCUUCCUAACCCUGCACUUUAUUUGUUGUUCAGAAUUGGCAGCCCAUAAACAAAGUAGGGCAAAUUCACACAUCCAUAUUCACCAAUCAGUGGCUUCAACAUUAAGUGUUGACUAGCCUGUAGGAAACAACCAUCAGAGUUUGAAUACCAACAACAAUCUUGUGGCCAAAUAGAUGUGACUUUGAACAUGAAGUUUGGCCCUCCAUGUUUGGUGGUUCUGUUUGUGGUUUUUGUAAAUAGCAAUCAUGGGAAGCCAAGCCAUCCAGAUUGGCAUGAGGACUGCUAUGAUAACUCUUUGGGCUGUUAUGAUUCCAAUCUAGUCUCUGCUCCCAGCAGCUGCUAUGUGCCCUGGGAGGGAAGCUACCAUUCAGACACAAUAAGGCUAUUCUCAUGAUCGCCACUGGGGCAGGGAGGGGGAAGACAGGGUUGCACCUACCUUUCCUAUGACAAUCUGCCAGCAAAUCUUCAGCACGCCAGCGCACACCCUCACAAUACACACUGCUCUGUGCAUCAUGGAUUGCUGGAGGCCAGGACCCCUUUCCCUGGCCUCCAAGGAUCCCUCAAUGCACUGGGCAAUGAACAUUAGGGAAUUCCCUGAGGAGGUGGGCGCACUAGGCACCCAACUCUGUGUAUGGAGAGUAUCUGUGUAUUCACACAACCCUGGCACCAGGGUUAAGGGCACACCUGCCUCAGUCUAAAAGCCUGAGGUUAAAAGUAGGGUUAGGUGAGGCGGCAGUGCCAGGAUCGGCCUCGAUCCCAGCGCUGCACAUGAGCAGCCUAAGCCGGGCUGGGCUGGGCUGCCCUAGCCUGCAUUAGGCUGCUGUUGUGAAUAGUGAAUGUUUUUCUUACAGAAGCAAUUCACAUAUUAACCUGUGAGUCAUCAAGUGAUGUUAUGUGAUGUGUGAUAAACGUACAUCUAUGCAUAUGUGAAUCAGCCCUAAUUUCCUUUGUUAGCACCUCAGAUAUAAUGUCAGAGAUGGUUUGCUUGUCGAUUGUUGCAAAGCUUACUUACCUCACUAAGGUUCCCAUUUGCAUGUAGUAUUGAGUGAUUUAUUGUAUGUGUGAAUGAGCCAUUACAAAUCAAACGACAGUUCAACAUUUGAUAUCACCUCCCAAGUCCAUAAACACAAGGCUCUUCAACAGAGUCAGGUCACAUAUUCAGCUGUGAAUCUCAAGUAUUGAGAAAUCAAGUAAUUUAAAGAUGUGUGUAUAAACUACGGAAAGUACUGUACAGAUACACAUCUCGGCUCCCUUUGAACUUAAUACACGCAUGCAUGUACACAUUAGUGGAAGUGUAGGUUUUUAAUUCACCUGGUCUAGCCCUAGCAAAACUAUUAUUCUUACCAAGCAAGAUCUGUUUGGAUCAUUCAGCAGAUUGGGGUGAGCUUUGUCUACAGCACCUUGGAUUCUGCCUACUAUGCACUGUCUUUUCUAGACAAGACUUCAAUCUCUCCAGCAAACACACAAGAGAUUUUCUGGUGGGACAUUUUAUCACAAAUUAGCAGUAAUCUACCUGGCAAAAUCUCCAAAUCACCAGGUGUCCUUUGUUCACCCUAUAGCCUCUCUCUUGACUUCCUUUCCAUCUCUGUGCUGUCUCUGAUAUGGCCCUUUCCUAAUGUACCUUCUAUGGUAUCCAAUCUGAUCCAUUCUAUUGUUUGUUUGUUUUUAAAAUAGUAUGUUUCUCCUUGUAUUUAGCUUUAGGCAAAUUAGGUUAACCUAAAUGAUAGGGAUAUUGAUUUGACUAAAAUCUGGUCGAUUUGAGUGAUUUGGCUUCAAAUCGAAUCACCCUUUGGGGCACUGAACAGAUUUGAGGUUGAAUCAAAUCACCCUAGAUUCGAGCUUGAAUCAGUUUGGCAAUUCAAAUUGCCAUUUUGUCCCCACAAUGCCAGCCCUCCAAGCUUCUCUGCCACUCUGAUUUCUUUGCACUAUCUCAUAAUUGUCUUUCAAUCUCCAUUGCUUCUUGGUGUGGAUUUCCCUAUAAAGAAGUUAUUUCCGCAACACAUAAAAAUUCACCCCUUUGCCCAAUUCCUUUGGGGGUUGGGUGGUAGUUGGCCCCCUUGGGUCCUACCACCUGAUCCACUUUGGUGCCCCCAGCCCUUAAAAAUUAGGCCAAAUCGAUUUAAAUUCUAAUCAGAUUGAAUCAAAUUCCAAUUAGAUUGACCCCAGAUUCAAGGCCAGCAGAUUCGAGCUCAAAUCGAAUCAGGUUGAUUUGAAUUGAAAUCAAAUUGAAUCAUAAAAAUCAAUUCAUGCACGUCCCUACUAUGUUCCUAUGAACUCCAAAGCAUAGCAUAGGACUGCUCUGGGAGGAUCUGAUACUGCAGCCUUGCUGAAGCUAAGCAGGUGUGGUUCUCAUCACUCCCUUGAAAGAAACACUACUGGGACCCAUAUGUAAGAGUGAGAUAUAUAAUAAAUAAGCAUUUGUUUAAAAAUAGCAAAGCAUCAUAUGACAUAUUCAACUGCAGACCUAGAACAGGAAAAUCACUGAAAACUACCAAUACAUGGCACAUUUGGUCCAAGCAAGACUUUUAAAAGUGUUAUAUAUUCAGUAUAUUGAUACUUGGGCUAUUUAAGAAUAUAUAUAAAAUCAAUGAAAGCUUAAAUGUUUUUUUCAGAGAUUUAAAGUACAGUUUUUCUCACCUUAUGGCUUUGGUUUGUUUUCUGCUUCUUGUUUUGAAUUUAUGACUCAAUUGUCCCUGGCUCAGCAUAAAGAAGAUUGUGUACUUGCACUUUGGAGCUUUAAAAAAAAAAAGGCGGAGGGCAGCUAUAAAGAAAUAUCAAGUAAUUACUUUAAUUGAAUUGACUGGUUUUUUUAAUGUUAUUCUCAAAAACAAACAAAAUAUGAUUUUAAAAUGUAAACCAAAUGUAAGAAUGUAAUUAUGGUGCUUUUAAAAAGAAUGUUAUUAAUACAAAUUUCAGAGUAUACUUAAUACUAUUCCGAACUAUAACACUAAGCCAGUCAGUCAACUUUAUGUGCUUAAAUCAUGUUCUGGUACACCAGCCGCAAAGAAUAAGUAAGACAAGUCCAUCCCCAUCUUCCAAUCAUUUACUACUAAAUGUCACAUAUUUAGGGUUAUAAUAGCAUAAGCGGCUUCCUAGUCACCAACUUAUCUUGGGUUGGUGCAUAGGCAGUUCCCAGUAGGGGUGUGCGAACCAGUUUGGUUCGAACCACAGUUCAACUUGAACCAGGGUGGUUCGAAUGAUCCAGGAUUGAAAUGAACCAGCCCCCCAAAAGUUGGUGCUGGUCCAAGUUCGAACCAGACCACCCCUGUUUAGGACCAGCCCUGUUCAGUAGCCUGGACCAGUUCAGGGGUCUACUCAUAAAGGGGAAUCUGGUAAGGAGAAGACCAAAACUGGGCCACAGCCAGUCCAGGCUACUCUGGAGGAGACUGAUGGGGGUGGGGGAGCUGCUGCCACCCCCGAUGCUGCCCCUGUUGUCACUGCUGACCAUUCAAGUAAGUAUCCCUGACUACUCUCCUGCACCCUCUUGUUCUAGGAAGCCAACCUGCCCCUUUACAAAUAAAGGGAGAUCCUCACUGGAUUCUAUUUUAUGAGCAGACCCCUGAACCAGUCCAUAAACCAAUUCAGACAGGUUCAGCAGUUGAACCAGACCAGGUAUGACCCAGAAUCCGGGUCGGAUUUGAACUGAACUGGCAUGGCGAGUUCUGCACACAUCCCUAAUUCCCAGGUGUUAUCUGCUUUGAUUCUUUGCUGCUGUUAUCUCUAAAAGCUUAGCAUGGUGUUACUAUGCUAUAUCUGGCCUUUUUCAUAUUAAAUGGAGCAGCUGAAGAUGCUAUGCUAUAUCUGGCAAUGGUGACUAUUGUACCUCAUUCUUAAUAGCCUAAUGCUCUUACUACUGAAGAAGUCCCUAGGUUCAAUAAGGAAGGGGAUGCAGGUGAAUCUACGGAAUCUAACAAGACUGAAGUAAACGAUGGCUGACAAGUAUUAUACUGUAGAGGGAAUAGAGGCACUUCAGCCUCAUGUUUUUACACAACCUUGGAGCCUUCUGGACUCCCUCAUUUGAUCUCAACCAGUAUAUUGCAGAAGUAGCUCAUGUGUUUCACCAAAUCCAUCCACUGAGAAGGUUGCAGCCAUUUCUUUUUCUGUUGGUUUAGACUCUUAAAAUUUUAUCCAUACAAUGUGCCUUGACUCUCUCUUGGGAUGCAUUCGCAUGGCAGAUGCAUGACCCAGGGCAGCCAGGAUUCAGCCAUAACUAUCCAGCCUAUCCACUUUGAUCAAAGUGGCUGAAAACCAUGUUGAAGGAGAACCUGUAUCAGUGGUUAUCUUAUCACACACCUAUUCUGUUACAUCCCCAAGGAGGCUUUGGGUGCACAAUAUGGAAAGUCUGAACCAUCCAUACAAAUUACAUGUUGCAACUGUCGUUCAGGCUUUGACAAUAUAGCACUAUUAGAUAGCAAAUUUGAAUGUCAAGCGCAUAUAGAAUCAUUCUCUGCAGUUGCUCCCCAUUUAUAGAAAUCCCUUCCUUGAAAACCUCACCAGAGCAUAUUUCAAAAAUAGGAGACAACGUUUCUGUUUGAGCAGGCAUUUGGUGAUGACACUAAGCAAAUGGAAAUUACUUUAAUUCUUUUCCUUACUUGCCUUAGCCUUCGGGAUAGGAUGGGAUCCAGAUUCCAUAAAUAAAUAUUGACUGUUUUGCUGGUGCAGCAACCCAUGGGAUUGAGUCUGUAAUUAUUUUAGAUGUAAUGAAUUCAUUAGUUGAUGGACUCUGGAAUUCAGAUUUUUAUUAUUGAAUACGUUGUUGGCAAUAUUAGAUCCAAUUUGGGGAAAGCCCAAAGGUGGUUGUGAUGGAAUUAAUGUUGAAUUUUUUAAAAAAACUGAUUGCCUCCUUCUCAGUAAGCUACAAAACCUUGUUGAAAUAUUUGGACUCUGUUCUGUUCUACUAAACAAACAGUGGCAAACAUGCUUUUGACUUCCUUAUGACAGCCUGCUUUUACUGAGCAAGCCUUCUGUGACCUGCUUUUAUGUCAGUGAACCAUUUUAUUCCGGGAUAUUUUUCUACCUGUGGUAUUAUUAUAGGGCUUACAAGAACAUCUAAGAUGAGUUUGAUACCCAUUUUGAUUGUUAUUUUGUGUGUGGAGCAAUUAAAAUUGGAAUAUUUUUACAACCAA